UUAAAAAGAAUCAAAAAAUUCGUUUUUCAACGCUCCAAAACAAAUUCCCAAUUAUAAACCCUAAAAAAAAAAUCAAAUAGUGCCAAAUCUAAAAAUGCCUCCAAAACAACAUUAUCUAUUAAUUAACAAAGCCCAAAUUUAUCAUAAUCACUAAGACUGGACAUAAACAUGCACUAUCUAAAGUUUAUGUGGCAAAACGUAAAUAAAAAUUAUGAUUGCCGUCUCCACUCCAGUGAAAUAUUAUCAUAUCAUUCUGGAAGUAAAGUGUAAGAGUGCAAAGAGUAACACAUAAGGACAUGAACACUUUUAGCAGCAUUAUCAGCGUGCUCAGUGAUGGUGACUGCUGACUGCAUCAUAUUUAACCCGUCAGCAACUGGCACCACAUAUUGUAUAUAUAGAUUGGCGAGAGUUGGAGGUACAGCGUUGGACAUACGACAUGGAGCAACACCAAUAUAAAUAGAGCAUACUAACAAGCAACAACACAACAGAGAAACCUCUACUCCGGGAUAAUACCGGGAGCUUUAUUCCCAGUGUGGGGAUAAUUAAACUCGCACAAUACCGAACGGUAGUCAGGAGUGUACAGGAAGAAUAGUUGCCAUGACGACGAGGAUGGGAUCCGGCCAAUCGGGUUGAGUUCUCUGGGCGUGGCCUCCUGAUUGGCUGCCCGGAGAUCCCCUCGUUUACUCUAAAACGCAAAGCCAGGUGUCUCUAACGUGGGGGUGAAUCCCACUCCUGGUAGUUCCUUUCCUUUCCUUUCCAUUGCUGGUAGUGCGGAAAGUAUAGAGUAGUGUGUAUGCUCACUGCAACGCGACCUAUGUAGGUAGGUAGGUAGAUAGAUAGACAGCGGACAGGGGGUAGGGGAUAGAGGAUAGAGGAACGAGUGCGAGAUAUAGGAGUAUAGGAGUCUGGGUACAUCGGGACGGACAAACGUAUCAUGUGGGGCAGGGCUGAGCCCGAGAUGCCGGGUUGUAAAUGAAACCAGUUUGCUAUCCGAUACGAUCGAGGCAACAGUAGGUCUGCUGCUUAGCUUCCCGAAGAGAUAGUUUACCUGAUUUCAUAUCAUAUCCUGCCUACCAAAACAACCGAACCUAUUUUUGUCAUCACCAAUUCGAGCACAUUUGAUCAUUCGCUUCCAAAAGGAACAUCAGCAUCGGUUUUUUUUUAAAUUUAAGUUAUCAAUCAGUUUGUUGUGAUUUACACCAGUUGGUUGUCGGAAUCAAACGUCAGAAUGCCUUAUAGCUGAUGUCUGAUAGUUGGUAAAAAAUAAAUAAAGUUUUAUCGGUUUGGAUUUAAGUGAUAGAAAGAAAAUAUGUUUUGACAACUUUGGAUUUAAAGACAAAUUUUGGAAAAGUGCUGUGUAAAUGUUGAUAAUAAGUCAAAAUGACUGACUCAAUAAAUGUGGUGAGAACCUGAGCAAUAUGAUAACGAAAACGGGAGGAAAUAGUAGUUUGAUUUUGUGUAAAUUAAGAACUGUCGUAACUAAAAAAGUGAUCUUGAAUGUAUAAAGUUGGCUAUCAUCCGUACCAUCGCAAGAUGUCAGCAGUAGCACCAGCUGGAGCUGGAUCCGCAGUGAGCAACACUAAUGGCCCGAUAGUCCCAGCCCCAAUGUUCGCGUUGCCCACAUUGUCCUUCACGGUCACCCAGGUGGCAACUGUCUGCGAAACCCUGGAAGAAAGUGGCGAUAUUGAGCGACUGGCAAGAUUCCUCUGGAGCUUACCUGUCGCCCAUCCCAACAUCCAAGAGCUCAAUGAAAACGAAGCGGUGCUGAGAGCACGUGCUAUUGUCGCGUACCACUCGGGGCAUUAUAGGGAGCUGUACUCGAUAUUGGAGCGGCAUAAAUUUACCAAAGAUUCCCAUGGAAAGCUCCAGGCGAUGUGGCUGGAAGCUCACUACGCGGAGGCGGAAAAGUUGCGCGGAAGACCACUUGGUCCCGUGGACAAGUACAGGGUGAGAAAAAAAUUUCCUUUGCCCAGGACCAUCUGGGAUGGAGAGCAAAAGACUCAUUGUUUUAAGGAGAGGACUAGAUCUUUGUUAAGAGAGUGGUAUCUUCAGGAUCCGUAUCCUAAUCCCGGGAAAAAAAGAGAGUUAGCCGCUGCGACGGGGCUUACGCCGACCCAGGUCGGGAAUUGGUUCAAAAACCGACGGCAAAGAGAUCGCGCUGCUGCUGCUAAAAAUAGAUUGCAACAACAAUCAGGCCCAGGAGGUGCAGGUUCUAGACGACCCCUCAGUCCUGGAGGAGGAAGCGACUCAGAGGACUCUGACAUAUCGCUCGGUGGAACUUCGCCACCCUCGCCGUCUUCGACCCCGCCAUCGCAGUCCCACCACCAGCCUUCGCCAGUUUCCUUGGGUCCGGUGGCACCUCUUCCACCCCCAGGUCUCGGAUUCAGGUACGACCCGACGCAGACCCAGCUUCGGUUCAACCACAUGACCGCCUUCAAGUUUCCACCGACGGGGUUCAGAUUCGAGCCCCACAGUCCGCAGCACAACCACCCUGCGAUUCCGAACGCGGGAGGAAUCUUCCGGCUGACCGAGACCAGUCCUUUCCAAGCCGUCGGGCCCAGGGGCGAUCUUGGCUCGAGAUUACCAGACCCAUUGGGUUUGCCACCACCUCGACUGCACCCGCACGAGGGGCUCCUUCACCAUCCUCACCACCCACAGCACCAGCUGCCAGAAGGAAUCUCCCGACUGUCUUCCGAGGGAUCUCGUCUGUCUGACGGCGGAAUCUCUCGUCUCUCGGACAGUCUGAGCGAGGCACACAGUCCUCCACUGGUGGCGACCAAUCUCUCGGUAACAGGCCCGCUAAGAGUCGCGGUUCCGAGUCCACACACGCCCUCGUCCCGCGGAAGUCCACCUUCGAACCACCAGACACCUUCGUCUCAGCAACAGAACCAGCCGUCCUCCGCUCCGGCAGCUACCCAGGGACUGAUCCGCGUGGUGACUCCUCCGACGCAAAGCAAUCCGCCGAAACCGCCACAAAUUCACAGGCCAUUCUCACCCGCGUGAUACCUCAGCUCAGUGAGUUGUAAUUUGUAAUUUGUCAAACAAAUAACGCCAUUGAGUUGUCAAUAAUUCAUUCAAUUAUUUAAUAAUUGAAUUUUUCCCAUUUUUCAGACAUUUAAUGUUUUAUUUUAUUUUAUUUCGUAGUCUGUAAA